AAAGAUACUGGUGAAAUUUUUUGAAAAUUGACAUUUGGGGUCCUGUAUUUUUUUUGAAAAUUUUUGUGGGUUUGGGUUUUUUAGCUUUAAGAUUUGAUUUUUAGGGGGGAAAUUUGAUGAAAAGCUUGUUAAUUUAGCUUUCGGAGGUCUGUUUAUAGAAAAGUAAAAUCUUGAAAUUUCCCUGGAUUCAUGUGGAAUCCGUUCUCAUGAGUGAUGGAAGCAGCUGCUAUCAUGCCAAUUGCACUUGCACGUGGAGGGUCUGUACUCACUGGAGAAUCGCUGCCCAUGACGAAGAAUCCGGGAGAUGGUGUUUACUCGGGUUCGACAUGUAAGCAAGGAGAGAUCGAGGUCGUUUUGAUCGCGACUGGCGUUCAUACAUUUUUUUGGGAAAGCGGCUCAUCUUGUCGAGAACACGACUCAUGUUGGGCAUUUUCAGAGGGUGUUGCAGUGUCUUUGGCGAACGAGGACGAUGAAGAUCAAGAUUAGCUUUGGCUUUAUUUUUAUUUUUUUUUUUGAAAUUCGGGAAGCAAUGCAAAAAGGUAAAACAUUGACGAGUUAUAUUUGUGUAAAUAAAAGUUUACAUCCGAGGUGUAAAAAAA